AUUUUUCAACUCCGUCUGUCUCACAUUCCACUCAACCUGGCCAUCAUCAUCCCUAUAAAAACCGAGUCUAGUGCGAUGCGAGUGCAUUUGCGCUCGUUUUCUCCGCGUUUCAUCACUAAUUGCUGCUACUUCUCAACUACUAUUCAGUUCACUACGACAUCCAUGUCUUACCGCCCUAAUGCUCAAGGCGGCCGUCGCGGUGGCGGUCGCGGAGGAGGUCGAGGAGGUGGUCGCCGUGGUGGCGGUGGUGGAGGUGGAGGUGGAAGAGGUGAACAGAGAUGGUGGGACCCUGUUUGGCGUGCUGAGCGGCUUAGACAGACGCAAGGCGAGGUUGAGGCUUUUGAUAAGAACCACUGGUGGGGAAAAAUGGAGCAAAUGAAGAGUGGGGGAGAUGUAGAGUUGAUAAUAAAACAUUUCUUCAGUCGAGGCGAUCAACAAACCCUCUCUGAUAUGGCAUAUCAGCUGGGACUUUAUUUCCAUGCAUACAACAAAGGCAAGGCACUUGUGGUGAGCAAAGUUCCAUUACCAAACUACCGUGCAGAUCUUGAUGAGCGCCAUGGAUCUUCACAGAAAGAGAUACAUAUGUCUACAGAAACCGAGAGAAGAGUUGAGAAUCUAUUGGAUAGUUCAACAGCAACUGAAAAAGUUAACAACUCUUCUACCACAUUCAUUCAAACUGCCAAACAAUCACCCUAUGAAUCAGAUAAAAGUACUGGAAUCUCAGAUAAUGCUAAGAAGGCACUUAGCAUUGAACUCAAAGAAAGACAGGAAAGACAGAAGGAAUCUGAUCGUGUUAAGGCAAUGUGCUUAUUCAGAGAGAAGCUUCCUGCACAUAAAAUGAAAUAUGAGUUUCUAAAAGCUGUUGCAGAAAACCAGGUUUUAGUGGUUUCAGGGGAAACAGGUUGUGGUAAAACCACACAGCUUCCUCAGUUCAUUUUAGAGGAAGAAAUAUCAUCUCUACGUGGCUCUGAGUGCAAUAUUAUCUGCACCCAACCCCGCCGUAUCUCCGCCAUAUCAGUAGCUGCUCGAAUAGCCAAUGAGAGAGGAGAAAACCUCGGUCAAUCUGUUGGUUAUCAAAUUCGCCUAGAGUCAAAUCGCUCUGAACAAACAAGAUUAUUAUUCUGCACAACAGGAGUUUUGCUUCGAAAACUGGUUCAAGAUCCAAAUCUAACAGGAAUCAGCCAUUUGUUAGUUGAUGAAAUUCACGAAAGAGGAAUGAAUGAAGAUUUUUUAUUAAUUAUUUUACGCGAUCUUCUCCCUCAACGUCCAGAUUUACGCCUUAUAUUAAUGAGUGCUACUAUCAAUGCUGACUUGUUCUCCAAAUAUUUUGGAAAUUCCCCAACCAUUCAUAUCCCGGGAUUGACAUUUCCUGUGCAAGAACUAUUUUUAGAAGAUGUACUGGAGAAAACCCGUUAUUCAGUGAAAUCUGAGGCUGAUAAUGUUCAGGGUUUUUCAAGGAGGAGGAGGAGACAACAAGAGUCCAAAACUGAUCCCAUUACUGAGAAAUUUGAGGAAGCUGAUAUCAGUUCUGUAUACAAAAGCUACAGUGCAAACACUAGACAAUCUCUUGAAGCUUGGAGUGGUUCAGAAACAGACUUGGGUUUAGUGGAAGCAACCAUUGAGUAUAUCUGUAGACACGAAGGUCCAGGGGCAAUUCUAGUAUUUCUCACAGGUUGGGAUGAAAUCUCAAAGCUUCUCGAUAAUGUCAAGGCUAACAAUUUUCUUAAUAAUCCCACAAAGUUUCUUGUCCUCCCUCUUCAUGGUUCUAUGCCUACCAUGAACCAACGUGAAAUCUUUGACCGACCUCCUUCUGGAACAAGAAAAGUUGUUUUAGCAACAAAUAUUGCUGAGAGUAGUAUAACUAUAGAUGAUGUGGUUUAUGUUGUGGAUUGUGGAAAAGCAAAAGAGACAAGUUAUGAUGCUUUAAAUAAGCUUGCGUGUUUGCUUCCAUCAUGGAUAUCAAAAGCUUCAUCACAUCAGAGACGUGGGCGGGCGGGUCGUGUACAGCCUGGCGUAUGUUACAGAUUGUACCCAAAAAUGGUGCAUGAUUCCAUGCUUCAAUAUCAACUACCUGAAAUUCUUAGAACACCAUUGCAAGAGCUUUGUUUACAGAUAAAAAGUUUACAGCUUGGAGCUAUUGGAUCUUUUUUGGCUAAGGCACUUCAGCCACCUGAUGCUCUUUCUGUUCAAAAUGCUGUUGAACUUUUGAAGACUAUUGGGGCUUUAGAUGAUAGAGAAGAGCUCACGCCACUUGGACGCCACCUGUGCACUCUGCCUUUAGAGCCAAAUAUUGGGAAAAUGCUUCUCAUGGGGUCCAUUUUUCAAUGUGUUAAUCCUGCUUUAACAAUUGCUGCUGCUCUUGCGUAUCGGAGCCCGUUUAUUCUUCCAAUUAAUAGGAAAGAGGAAGCUGAUGAAGCAAAAAGAUCCUUUGCUGGUGAUUCAUGCAGUGACCACAUAGCUCUUCUUAAAGCAUUCGAAGGGUGGAAAGAAGCGAAACGUUCCGGAAACGAAAAAUCCUUCUGUUGGGAAAAUUUCUUGUCAGUUCAAACCUUAAAAAUGAUAGCUGACAUGCGUCUCCAAUUUCUCGACCUCCUUUCCGAUAUCGGCUUCAUAGAUAAAUCCAAGGGCGCAAAUGCGUAUAACCAAUACAGCGAUGACAUGGAAAUGGUGUGCGCGAUACUAUGUGCUGGGCUGUACCCGAAUGUGGUCCAAUGUAAAAGAAGAGGAAAACGAACAGCUCUUUACACCAAAGAAGUUGGAAAAGUCGAUAUUCAUCCAGCUUCUGUGAACGCUGGGGUCCACGUUUUUCCUCUUCCUUUCAUGGUAUACAGUGAAAAAGUGAAAACAAGCAGUGUGUAUAUUCGUGAUGCCACAAAUAUAUCGGACUAUGCUUUGCUUAUGUUUGGUGGUAAUCUUGUUGAAACCAAAAAUGGUGAUGGGAUUGAGAUGCUCGAUGGAUACCUUCAGUUUUCAGCAUCCAAGAGCGUGAUGGGAUUGAUUAAGAAAUUACGAGGCGAAGUUGAUAGGUUAUUGAAUAGGAAGAUUGAAGAUCCGAAAUUGGAUGUUAAUGUUGAAGGGCAAGGAGUUGUUGCUGCACUUGUUGAGUUGUUGCAUAACCAGAAUGUUCGCUAUUAAUUAUUAAGCGAGCAUUCGUUUUUGUUUUCACAGAGUUUCCAUUCCUUUCUAGAUAUCAUCAUAUACCCAACCAACUUGACAGUGACACCAACUCGUUUGUUCUUUCCAACUGUAACUUUUAUUUUAAAUCUUAUAAUUGA